GAGGAACGGGCCCGGGGCGGGCCGCGGCCCCCGGCUACUGUGAGGUCAGCGCGCCCGCCCCGUGGGUCACAAUGCAGCCCGCGCCCUCGACGGCCCGGCCCCGCCGCGCGCCCCGCCCCGCUGCACCAGACACCUGCCCGGCUACCCCUGGACCAGAGCGUCCUCCCGCGGCCAGGGCGCGGGCAGCUGUUUCCCGCCUGGGACCGGCUCCGGCCUCCAGCAGAGCUUCCCGGGGCCCGGACAUGAGCGCCCAGGAGCCCCCGCAAGGUCGGAGAUUCCCCAUUGAGGCCGGAGACUCCCCCGGCCUGGCCGCAGCCCCCGAGCCCCAGGACAGCGCGGAGCCCGUUGCUACGGAGCACACCCCGGUCAGGCCUGGAGCUUCUAACCUCCAACUUCUACGCCCCCCACCCCCACCCCGCUCCCUUCCCAGCAGGCCGCUGCGACGCUGCCCUGGCUGCCACUGCCUGACGCUGCUGCACGUGCCCAUCGACGUCUACCUGGCAAUGGGCGGAAGCCCCCGGGCCCGCGCCACCUGAGUGUGCGCCUGCGCGGCGGCUCCGAGGGGGCCGGGCGGGGGCGGGGCCGGCCGCGGGGACACCGCGCUGAGGUCGCGCGCGCCGAGCACGAGACAAUGAUGCACAUUUUAAAAUAAAAGAAUGAUGCACAUUUUAAUAAAAGCACAGCUUACACUGUUCUUUACACUC